AUGGAGUUCACCGACGACACUAUCCAGGAUCUGAAAUACCGUUUUGAAGAGGCAGCUAUCAAGUGCUCGGAACGGUGUCUCUAUCAAUCAGCAAAAUGGGCAGCAGAGAUGCUGGAUUCACUCUUACCAAUCGACCACGAAGACACCGACCCAGAAUCACCGAUGGAUGUGACGGAUACGGCGCCUGCUAUGAACCCGUACCUGCGCACCAAAGACCUCGCAGAGGCCGCCCUCGAAGCUCAAGAAGCCCACAAGUAUCUCUUGGCCAAAUCCUACUUUGAUACCCGAGAGUAUGACCGCUGUGCAGCAGUGUUCCUGCCUCCCAAAACACCUCUUAUUCCUUUCUCCAUGACAUCGCCCAAUUCAAAGCCGAAACAGGCCCGAACCACCCCGAUGAAAGGCAAGGACAAAGCCUCUCCCUUCCAAGGAUCCAAAGGUCAUACCACGAAAAACCCAUACCCCAAAAUUAGCCAAAAAUCGCUUUUCCUUGCUCUAUGGCGGAAUGGCGGUCAACAGGAAUUGCCAGAUCUUGCGCGAGGAUUAGAAGGUUGGUUAGCAGAGCGCGCUGCUAAAGGACUGGAAGAACAAGGCCAAGGCUGGCUGGAAUACCUCUACGCAGUUGUUCUAUUGAAGGGACGGAACGAGGAGCUAGCUAAAACAUGGCUCAUCCGAAGUGUGCAUCAGAACCCAUUUCACUGGGGCGCAUGGCAAGAGUUGAAUGAUUUGCUUGGGAGUACCGAGGAUUUAAACCAACUCUUGCCUCAUCUGCCGGAGAACGUGAUGACUUUAAUUUUCCACGUCUAUUGCAGUCAAGAAUUAUAUCAAGCCACGAACGCGACAGACAAAGCUCUAAAUGAGCUGGAAUCUCUAUUUCCCACAAGUGCAUUUCUGCAGACCCAACGAGCCCUGCUAUACUACCACAAUAAAGAAUUUGACGAGGCAUCUCAAAUCUUCUCUCAAAUUCUUACUACAUCACCCCAUCGUCUUGACAGUCUUGACCACUUCUCCAACAUUCUAUAUGUGAUGGGCGAGCGGCCAAAGCUCGCAUUUGUUGCCCAAGUAGCAACCGCUACAGACAAAUUCCGACCCGAAACAUGCUGUGUUGUGGGCAAUUAUUAUUCUCUGAAAUCCGAGCAUGAGAAGGCUGUCAUGUACUUCCGCCGAGCCUUAACCUUGGACCGCAACUUCUUGUCCGCCUGGACACUAAUGGGCCACGAAUACAUUGAGAUGAAGAACACGCACACCGCCAUCGAAUCAUAUCGUCGUGCCGUCGAUGUAAAUCGCAAAGACUAUCGAGCCUGGUAUGGUCUUGGUCAAGCAUACGAGGUGCUCGACAUGGCUUUCUACGCCCUCUUCUACUAUCAACGCGCUGCGGCUCUCCAGCCUUACGAUCCUAAGAUGUGGCAAGCCGUCGGGUCCUGCUACGCGAAGAUGGGCCGAGUGGAGCAGAGUAUCCAAGCUUUGAAGCGCGCCCUCGUUGCAGGCUCUUACUACGCAGAUGACGGCGUGCCAGGCGCCAGUCCCAGUUCUAACACGCGCAAAAUCCUUGACCCGGAAACCCUGCACCAGAUAGCGACUCUCUACGAGCGCUUGGAUGAUGAAGAAGAAGCCGCCGCAUAUAUGGAGUUGACCCUCCAGCAAGAAACCGGCGGUUCACCCGUACACGACGAGGACUCCGAGGAGGAUGAAUACUCAUCUGCUUCCGAAAAUGCAGCUCAUAGCGAUGAAGGCUCUGAGGACGACGACGGAACCUCUCGUCGGCGUCGCCGCAAGCCGCGCCCCAGAACCUCGUCCUUCGGUAUGCAGCACGAUGACUCGACCGCCAGCGAUGCCUGGCACCAUGGCACAGGCCCCACAGCUACUACAUCCAAGGCCCGUCUCUGGUUGGCGCAAUUUGCUUUACGGCAUGGAGACCUAGAGCGAGCUGAUCAGCUGGCGGGAGAGUUGUGUCAGGAUGGAAUGGAAGUUGAGGAAGCAAAGGCAUUGAUGAGAGAUAUUCGUGCCAGGAGGGAAGAUGCCGAUUAG